AUGUUUGUUCUUUGGAGCACAGCUGAGCUUCCUGAGCUGGAAGGCUCCACGGUGCUUUCUUCGGUCCCUGGAGUUUCGGCACCGCGGGACCCACUGGAUGUGGCCGCCCCAGAGGUCACCGUCACCCCUGGGCUAACUUCAAAACCAUCCCCUCCAGGAGAUCCUCGGAUAAUUACCGGAGCUGGGACAAUCCCCUUCCCUGUGUUUCCCACCAGGCCUGUGACUGCACAGGCAGCACUGCCCGUCAGGAGCCCUCCUCCCGCUGGCCGUCAGCCUUCAGAACAGGCCCUGCCUUUGCCUUGUGUCCUUGGAAUUAAUAAAGCUCUGCGUCCAUGA